AUGUCCGAAGGGCAUUUUCACACAUCAGCGGUUUCUUACGCGGGUCCUCUUCUCACCCCUAAAAUUAGCGAAGAGUUACCAAGCAAACCUCCAAGAAGGACCAAACAAAGAGAGGGCUCUUCAGAGGAUGAUGGCCCUGCAAUCCUAGGUGAUACUGAGCUGAGAAACGAAGACUACCGCUGUGGUGGUCCGAAUCUCGUGAGGCUCCCCGCACUCAGCGAAGUAAUCAAAUCCAGUGAGCCUAUCCGUAUACUAUUUGAAAAGGAACUUAUAGGUCCAUUACGAGAUGUGCUCGAGAAAUGGAACGUCGACUCUCAGUAUAUCAAUGUGGUCAGACGUUAUUCCGUGAGGGCCAGGCCAGAAGCACCGGCGGCAACUGUCAUCGUCUCUGCCAAAAAACAUGAGCUUGACAACUCUUGGCUGCUAGCUUGCAGGGGGAUCCGUGACCUCUUUCUGGAACAUGGCCAGGCAACAUUACAGAUUGAAAUCUCGGACGGAAGAGCUCUUGAGCCGAUUAUCUCACAGUCAAUUCCGAGACACGAUCCAUUUGCACACGCGUGGCCAGAGCUACAGAGCCAGAUAUUAGCCAUUCUCAGUGACAUGGAAUGGACACUGCUCACUGUUCUCCUCAGGGGGCCACCAGGCGGUCCGUUUAUACCCACGAUAGUAAUUUGUGUGCGUGAGGACUCAUUGCAAAACUGGAACGAUACCAGAGAUACCAUUGUCCAGCACUUGGACAGUAAUUAUCUGACUCAUAUUACAGUUGAGAUUCUCCGGGACUCAAUAUUCCAUUGCUCAGACCAAGAAGGCACCCUUGAUGAACGAGACUGGGACAUGAAGGCCAAGCUCGGCGGUAGCCUUGGCUUGCGAGGAAAAUCCACGUCGUCAUUUACCUUUGGCGGGUUCCUAGAGCUGGAAUUUUCCCAUGGCCAGUGGAGGAAGUAUGGCGUCACGAACUUUCACUGUGUGGCCAAUGAUAAACAUCUUGACGACUGGAAAAAACACGGAAUCUUACCUGGCGACUCAAGAAACUACCUUUCCGUUGAUCACCCAAGCCUUGCUGACCACAGCAUGUCUAUAAGGUAUUAUGAGAAUAAGGCUACAAGGAUCCGAACGGAAAGUUAUUAUGAGAUUAAGAAGCGGCUUGAGGACGAAGAUCCAUCUCUGUCUGAAAAUACAAAAACCACCUUCAAUUACGACACUGACCGUCUGAAUGGGUAUAUCAAGAAAGUCAAGCUCGCCAAUGCAUUUCACCAGCAAGGAAACCGGUAUCUGGGAGGGGUAUAUGCAGCUUCAGGAUAUAGGAUAUCCACAACGAGCAGAAUGUUGGACUGGGCGUUGAUAGAAGUGAGAAGCGAGCGACUUUCCAAAAACAAAAUACCAUUGAUGGAAGACAUUCCAGAAAGCCGCAGGGGUGAGUAUCACCCAGCGAGUGCAGUUUUACAGGCUGCCACGCCUGUUGAAGCCGAUAUGUCUCUGUGUAAGGUCGGUCGUCGGACUGGCUUCACAGAAGGCAGGCUUAAUACACUGCACGUUACGCAAGUACAGAAAUGGUCACAGAAUAAAGAUGGAAGCUGGACCAAGAUCUGUGGGUCGCUUCACGAGAUUGUCCCAGUUGCUCCCCAGGGGAGGUUUGGGGACGCGGGAGAUUCGGGCUCUUUCAUAAUGGAUCGACACGGAUCAUUUGUCGGCCUUUACGUUGGAGGAUGUCUGGAGACUGGAACAGGUUAUUUCAUGGAAGCCAGUGAUUUGUUCCAUGAUAUUGAAAAAAUUACUGGCGCAACGAAUGUCAGGGUUCCAUAG